AUGUCAGAGCCGCAGACUGUUCAGGUGCAGGCACGGGAGAAAAAGAUGCUCCUAAUAGUGACAAAGUUCAUAUUCCUGUAUGAAGACUUUGAGGGUGACCGAAUGUUGGUUGGUGACGUUCCAUGGGAAUUAUUCCUAGCGUAUGCUAAAAGAUUGUACAUUGUCCGAAACCCAGCACCAAGUGACAAAGGUCAAGGUGAAGGUGAUAGAAAAUAUAAAACCGAAGAACCAACAAAUGACUGGCACUCUUCAAGCAAGUGGUCACAAGGACAUGAGCAUAUAUGCACCAUAUCCUUGCACAUCUCUUGA